AUGGAGAGGGCGGGUUCCGGCGGCUCCAGGGCUCUCUUCCCCAAAGGUCCCAGCUUCACCUUGGAAGACUUCUCGAACAAGGACUUUAUUGUGCGCGAUUUUGUCGAUACCCUUGCCGAGACUGCUGUGCCAGUGAAUCGACGGUCCGGUCCUGCGCAACAGAUAUUCGACCCAAAGCCUCUGAUUAGGACGUUCGAGAAUGCUCUGUCCCAACUAGCCUCGUUAACCGAAGACCUCCAGGAAAAGGAGUCAGAGAUUUUAUCCCAAGUGCGCCGGGCGGAGAUUCAGCAUGACCAGACUCUCGAUACGCUAGGUCGCAAGCUUGACCAGUCAAUGGCUCAAUUCGAGGCUCUGGAUUUAUCGCUGAAUAUCUCAAAUGGAACAAAUGGCUACGAUAGAAGCAGCAGGUCUGACGGAGGUGGUAACCUUGCCGUACAAAUUGGCGAGAAGCUAGAAGAACUCGACAGGAAACGGCGGAGAGCGCUGGACGCCAACUUCCUAAUCCAGUGUUGGACUGAGGUCUCCGAAACAGGGCAAUUAACAUCUCUUGAGGAAAUUCAAAGGCAAGGUGGUGCAGAGAACAAGGUCCGAUGCGCUGUCAUUGCUCGACAGCUGAUGCGAAUAAGCCAAAGGCUGGACCCGACGUCUUGGGGUCAAACAAAUGGGUUUCGCCAAAAUGGUGUCACUAACGGCGUCACCGGGACAAGCAGAAAGCAUAACACCCGAGAGGUCUUGGAGAAGUUUUGCGAGAUUCUGGAACAAGAUCUACUCACCCAGUUCAACAACAGUUACCGGCGGCAGAACUUUGAUGACAUGAUGGAGUGUGCCAAAGUCCUGCACGAUUUCAACGGAGGCAACAGUGUUAUUGCUGUCUUCGUCAAUCAACAUCAGUUCUUCAUAGACAGAGAUCAACUCAUGUCUGAUGAAGUAACGACCGAUGGAGAAAUGUGGGAGCAGCUUGCAGACCCGGAUUCUGACCCCCCCGGAGUCGAGCCGAGUUUGCAGUCUCUGGUUGAUGAAGUCAAGAUUGUGAUGCAGGAGGAAUCUUUCAUCAUAAAACGAGCCUUCCCAUUCUAUGAGACUGUCUUGGUCAAGUUCAUCCAGCGAGUCUUCCAGCAAUCCAUCCAACAGCGGCUGGAGAUGGUGUUGGAGAAAGCAAACACAAUCUCAUCUCUGGCCUUUCUACGUUCGCUGCAUGCGUCAAGGACUUAUAUUAGUGCGUUGAUAGAAGACCUCAAGACUCAUGGACUGACAGAACAUCCUGAGCCAUGCUCUGCACAAAUCUCACAAACCCUGGACCAGCAGAUGGAAGAAUUAUUUGUGCCAUAUUUGGUAGGCUCGUCCUACAUUGAGAGAGAAAGAAAGAGCCUGGAGGAAAUGUAUAGCUCUCUGCUCUUCAAAUACACCAUCUAUCACUCUAGACGGAAGAAGGCGCCGACUGGCUUCAUGGCGGCCAUUGCUCAGCAAGGUAGCCAGCUGCUAGCGUCUGCAAAAGAUGCUUACAUUGAGCGUCUUGACUCUUCCGAACUUACUCCAACUCAGAAGGCCAUGAUGCUCCGAGUUGCCGGCCUCCAGGAUGCAGGAAAUAAGAACGAGAUCGAAGUGUCUGAGGAAGAUGGACUACUAAGCGUUGCAAAUGCAAAGCGAAUGAUGACUUGGCUUGCUGAGAGUGUUCGAAGAACGCUUGAGCUUGGUUCGGCCAGUGACACUCCAAAGGAUGUCAGUGUCCUCUUGAACCUGCUCCUCACCAGCAUGGGCCAAGUUUACGUGGAGACUGCCCUUGACGCUGCUCUCGAUGCGGCCACAUCACAGGAGAAUGCUAAGGUUGAGCCUGACAUAACGUAUCUCCCUGCUGUGCGUCCUGCCGUGACUAUUACUCAUAUCAUGUCGCGAUUCAUCACAACGGUGCUCAUUCGGCUUGCGGAGGGCAAUACGACGGUGCGCCGCAGCAUGGAGGCGCAGAUCAAGAUGGGGCUCGACUCGAUCGAGAAGAAGACCAACAGUGUCAUGAAGAGCACGGUGGACGUCGCGCUUAACUGGGUGUCAAGAUCGUUGACGACCCAGAGGAAGCUUGACUUCCGGCCGAGGGACAAUGAACUGGAAGGGAUCGUUGACUCGUUGCAGACACCAACCUGCCUCACGAUAUGCACAUUUCUUGGUCGUGUUGCUACAUUAGCAGCUCAAGCUAUUGAUGGUCAUAAUCUUGAACUGUUCAGCAGUGAGCUAGCAUUGGGGGUUCAUAAGCUGCUCUUUGAGCAUUUCAAGAAGUUCCAGGUCAACGCCACGGGUGGACUGAUGGUUACGAAAGAUGUGUCUAAAUACGUAUCGACCUUGAAGGAGUGGCCCCUGACCAAGGAGGUCCAGAGCAUAGUAGAAGUCCUGACUGAGAUCGGCUACCUCUUCAUCAUCGGACCAGAAGCCUUAAGAGAGAGGUCACGAAAUCUAGGGUCUGGCCCUAGCGGUCCGGGCAGGAAACUACAAAAGGCAGACUUCAAGGCAUUUGUACAGAGGAGAGACGACUCGAGCAGCGUUGGCAUCCAGAGCGUUCUGGCUGGGCUUUGA